CUCGGGCUGCGCGCCCCCUGAUUGGCUGCGGGGAAGUGUUCACGUGAAGUGUGCGUGGGGUUCUGAAGAGCAGACAAACCAUUCGCAGCAGAGUCCAGGUCCAGGUCCAGGUCCGGGGCCAGGCUGACAGGACAGAGGGACACUGGAAGUAGCGGCCUGCUUCAGGCGUUGCUGUGGACGGAACCAGAACCAACGGAGCCUCCUCGGCAAAUGUUCCAGAAGUAUCUGCAUGCAUCAACCUGAGCCCAACAUGCCGAUGGACGUGACCAUUCCCUUCUACCUCUCCAAGGAGGAGUACAUCUUCCCCACCACCUCCAAAGCCCAGACGGAGACCCGGACCUCCUGUCUCCGGUUCCAGCCCACCAACCUGGUAAACCAGACCAAGACAGAGGAUGGAGCCACCAACAUGAAAGACGCAAAGAAGGCAAAGAAACAUGUGACGUUCGCUGACCACAAGGGUCUGGCUCUGACCAGGGUUAAGGUCUUCUCCAAGUUCACGGACCCAAUCAGAAUCCCCAUCAACAUCGAGAGGAUGUUGAGCUCCAAACACACACUGGCGUCCAGCGAGGAGAACAAACUGGUCCUGGACUUCAUCCAGCCUUCUUCAGACUACCUUCUGUUCCGUCAGAAUCUGGAGAAGAACUUGGUGAGCUUGGAGCACUGCAUGCUGAAGGAGAAGGCCUUUGCAGGAACCAUCAAAGUCAAGAACGUUUCAUUCGAGAAGUCCGUAACGCUGCGGGUGACCUUCAACUCGUGGAGGAGUCACUCAGAUGUUGGAUGUGAGUAUGUGAAGGACUCGUACCCAAGCUCAUACUGUGACACCUUCUCCUUUGAUGUUCCUCUUCCCACCAAGCUGAGGCCCAACGAAAACGUUGAGUUUGCGGUCUGCUACAGGGUGGGCGGGGUCGAGCACUGGGACAGCAACCAAGGCAGGAACUACCGGAUUGUUUGGUCUUAUAUGAAGGGAGUUGGCCACUCGGACUCCUCCCACUUUGGGAUCCACUUUGAUCGCUAUGGCAGUCCCACCUGCUCACAUGGGCUGUUCCCUGAUUGGCCAAGCUACGCCGGCUACGAGAACAAUGGACCAUACUACUGAACAGGUACUUCUGAAGCGCUGGCGCGACCCACUCCAUCUAACUGGGCACAUUGCUGCUGUGAGGGAUUGUGGACUGGGUCAGUGUUGGAACAAACUAAAAGCCCACCUUUGCUCAGGGGGGAGGGGUCUACGCCUCCUCAUCAUUUUCGGGCAGGUUUUAUACUUAGUGUUUGAGAAGAACCGAACAAACCUCCACAAAUGCUCAGGUUUUAAUUUUCAUAGGAAUUAUCAAGCUGGCUAACAGUCCAGACUAGCUUAAGCUGCCGACAGGAAGUCCAGAUUAGUUUAAGCUGCUAACAGGAAGUCCAGACUAGCUUAAACUGCCAACAGGAAGUCCAGACUAGCUUAAGCUGCCGACAGGAAGUCCAGACUACCUUAAGCUGCCGACAGGAAGUCCAGACUAGCUUAAGCUGCCGACAGGAAGUCCAGACUAGCUUAAGCUGCCGACAGGAAGUCCAGACUAGCUUAAGCCGCCGACAGGAAGUCCAUACUAGCUUAAGCCGCCGACAAGAAGUCCAGACUAGCUUAAGCCGCCGACAAGAAGUCCAGACUAGCUUAAGCCGCCGACAGGAAGUCCAGACUAGCUUAAGCCGCCGACAAGAAGUCCAGACUAGCUUAAGCCGCCGACAGGAAGUCCAGACUAGCUUAAGCUGCCGACAGGAAGUCCAGACUAGCUUAAGCUGCCGACAGGAAGUCCAGACUAGCUUAAGCCGCCGACAGGAAGUCCAGACUAGCUUAAGCCGCCGACAGGAAGUCCAGACUAGCCUAAGAUGCUAACAGGAAGUCCAGACUAGCCUAAGCUGCUAACAGGAAGUCCAGUAACUUGAAAUAACACCAGUUCAGAUAAAUGUUUGAUUUGUAGCGUCACGGAGCACGAGGAGCUGUGGUUUGGUCCUCAGAGCGCUGCUGCACGUGGACCAGCACCUAUGAAGUCCCACAGAGGCUCCUGGUCUGCAGUGUAUGCUCCAGUUGGACCAGAACAGUUUUAAUCCCAGGGCUCUUUGGAUGAAGAUACCAGCUAUUGCCUUUAACUGUUUUAGUUUGUGUUGUUGUACAGUGCUGGUUUCCAGUGGCCGCGGCCGCUUUUUGGCACAUGAAGACGUGGUUGCUAGGAGACGGGCUGAUGGUGGUUAGUGGUGUAAUGUGGUGAUGUUUUAAUGUUCAAGUGGUCUCACUUAAUCCUGGGUUUAGUGUCAUUCAUGCUGGAACCUGUGCAGUACUUUAAUGUGAAAACAAUCCUGAAUCAGAACUUUGGACACUUUGUGAUGAAGGCUGAUGUUUAGGUGGACCCUCAGCUGCUCCUCGUUUUAACGUUUUACCUGCGGACCUGCUGUCUGUUUGCACAUCAGCCAUGAACACCUGACAGCAAGGAAAUGUGAAUUUAGUUUUAAAAGAUGAACAAGGAAGUAAGUUUCAUCACCGUGGCAACGACUUAAGGGAAGGCGUCUGACUCGUUCAUGUCAGUCGAUCUGCCCAUUAAACACCUGUCAAGAUAAGCUGUGUGUGUGUGUGUGUGUGUGUGUGUGUGUGUGUGUGUGUGUGUGUGUGUGUGUGUGUGUGUGUGUGUGUGUGUGUGUGUGUGUGUGUGUGUGUGUCCAGUAAAGGUGAUUCUUAUAAACUAAAUAAAGUUCGGUUUUACUGAUGAUGAUUUUCUGUAACAAUCUGCUGUUUUCAAAAUAAUCUAAAGAAUAAAAAGUUUAUUUUUACCUGAA